AUGAAAGUCGAUGAAUUGAUAAUAGAUGGAUUUAAAUCUUAUGCUGUUCGUACCGUGAUAUCCAAUUGGGAUGCACAAUUUAAUGCCAUAACUGGAUUAAAUGGAUCAGGGAAAUCAAAUAUUUUAGAUGCCAUAUGUUUUGUUUUAGGUAUAGCGUCAAUGUCGACUGUGAGAGCUUCUAAUUUACAGGAUUUAAUUUAUAAACGAGGUCAAGCUGGUGUUACUAAAGCCAGUGUUACUAUUGUUUUCAAUAAUAGUGAAGUAUCAAAAUCACCUAUUGGGUUUGAAAAUUGUCCCACGAUUAGUGUCACAAGACAAAUUAUUCUUGGGGGGACAUCGAAAUAUUUAAUUAAUGGUCAUAAAGCUCAACAACAAACCGUAUUAAAUUUAUUUCAAUCAGUACAAUUAAAUAUUAAUAAUCCCAAUUUUCUAAUUAUGCAAGGGAAAAUCACUAAAGUAUUAAAUAUGAAACCACUGGAAAUAUUAUCAUUAAUUGAAGAAGCUGCUGGUACAAGAACUUUUGAAGAACGGAAAGAUAAAGCUCAAAAAACCAUGGCCAAGAAGGAAGCAAAAUUGACGGAAAUUCGAAAUUUAUUAUCUGAAGAAAUUGAACCCAAAUUAGAAAAACUUCGUAAUGAAAAACGGAAUUUUCUUGAAUUUCAACAAACGCAAAUUGAUUUAGAAAAAUUAUCAAGAAUUAUCGCUGCUUGUGAUUAUACUUUAUUAUCGAAAAAUUUCACUCAUCAUUCGAAAUUUUUAAAUGAUCAUGAAACCAAAAUGAAUAAUUUACAUUUAGAAGUGGAUAAAUUGAAUCAUGAAAUUAAAAAUUUGAAUGAAGAUUUAGAUCAAGUUAAAUCACGUAAGGAAGAAAAUUUGAAAACUGAUGGAUCGAUGAAAGAAUUAGAAAUUAAAGAAAAUCAAUUAUCUAAUGAUUUGACAAGAUUGAAUACGGCAAGAGAUAUUGCUAUGGAUAAUUUAACUGAAGAAAAAAAUAAACACACUAAACUAAUUGAACAAUUGGAACAAAUAAAACAACAAUUAGCUCUGAAUCAAACUGUUUUCGAUAAUCAAGAGAAUGAAUAUAAACAAUCAAAUCAAGAAUUAGUACAAUUAAAGGAAGAAUAUGCUAAUAAACAAGAAUUAUUAUCAACAUUAUCUACGGGGAUUUCAUCGACUGGGAAUGUCACUUCUGGGUAUAUCACCCAAUUAAAUGAUGUGAAACUGAAAUUAAAUGCUUCAGAAAAUUUCAUUAAAACAUCAACUCUCAAGAUAAAUCAUCUUCAACAACAAAUGGAAAGUGAUCAAAUGAAAUUGACUAAAGCGAAAACUGAAAAUGAAACAUUAUUAUCUGCCAUUGAACUUCAUCGUCAAUUCAUUAAAACUAAACAAUUGGAAAUUGAUUCAAAAUUAGGAUUUGAACCAACGAAAAUCCAUCAACUUCGAGAUCAAGAAUCAGAAUUAAUUAGUCAACAAAAUAAAUUUAAUCAACAAUUAAAUCAUAUGAGACGAGAAAUUGGGAAUUUAGAUUUCCAAUAUAAUCGACCUUCACAGGAUUUUAAUGAUCAAUUAGUAAGAGGUGUUGUAGCUCAAUUGUUCAAUUUACCAGAAACUUCUCAUGAUAAGGCAUUAGCAUUACAAGUAUGUGCUGGUGGUAGAUUAUAUAAUGUUGUUGUUGAUACCAGUGAUGUUGCUUCUCAAUUAUUAGAAAAAGGUCAAUUGAAACGAAGAGUAACAAUUAUACCAUUGGAUAAGAUUUCUUCACGUAAAUUAGAUCAUCAAGUCAUUGAUUAUGCUAAACAAGUUGCACCGGGGAAAGUUGAUCUUGCCCUUAAUUUAAUUGAUUUUGAAGAUGAAUUAUACAAGGCAAUGGAAUAUAUUUUUGGUACAACAUUUAUUUGUAAUGAUCCUAAUUCAGCUAAAGCAGUGACGUUUGAUCCUAAAAUUAAAAGUCGAUCAAUUACAUUAGAAGGUGAUAUAUAUGAUCCAGAGGGGAAUCUUUCUGGAGGGUCUCGAAGAAAUAAUUCGACAAUUUUAUUAAAACUUCAACAAUAUAAUAAAUUAACCAUACAAUUGAAAAAAAUUGAAUUUGAAUUACAAAAUGUAAAGCAAGAAUUAUCAAGAAUGGAUUCAUUAAUUAGUUCCACAAGAACUAUUCAGAAUGAAAUCAAUUUAAAACGACAUGAAUUAUCUUUAUUAGAGAAGAAAUUGGAAAAUAACCCGGCAGCAUUAAUAUUGAAACAAAAUGAUUUAAAUCAACUAGAAAUUAUUAGAUUGACUGAAGAAAUUGAAAUCACUAAAGAGAAAUGUCGUCAAUAUAAACAAGAAAUCGCCAUUAUUGAAAAAGAUAUUGCUGAAUUUAAUAAUGAUAAAGGAUCUAAAAUCAAUUGUUUGAAAAAAGAAGUGGCCCAUUUGAAACAACAAGUUAUUUCCAAAGAAAAACAAUUAGAAAAUCAAACGGAUAAAUUCCAAGCAGCACAAAUUGAUAGUGAACAAUUGAAAAUUGAAUUACAAAAUAAACAAGAAGCAUUAAUAUCUACCAAGAAUCAAAUUGAUGAAUUAACUCACAAGAUCAAACAACAAGAUCAAACCAAAGAACAAUUGAUUGAACAAUUAACCUUGGUUAAAUCAGAAUUAGAUGAUGCUCGAGCUAAUUUAUUGGGAUUAGAUGAAGAAAUCACUGAAUUAACUAAUAUUGUUAAAUUGAAAAUUGAAAAAAUGACAAUGACAAAAUUAGAUAUACAAAAAUUAACUCAUGAAUUAGAAAAAUCACAAAAUGUCACCAAGAAUUUGAAAACUAGAUUAGAUGAAAUUAUAAGUGAACAUGAAUGGGUCAUGGAUAAUCAAAUGGUGAAUAAUAUCAUGGAUCAAUAUCCUAACAUUGAUAUUGAAGAAACUCGAGAACAAUGGGAAUUAUUACAAGAGAAAUUCUCAAGUAUGAGACGCAAAGUGAAUGUUAAUAUUAUGAGUAUGAUUGAAAAUGUUGAGAAGAAGGAAACAUCAUUGAAAACCAUGGUUAAAACCAUUGAAAAAGAUAAAAAUAAAAUUGUUAAUACCAUAAAUAAAUUGAAUGGUUAUAAACGUGAUACAUUAAAUACUACUUAUCAAAAAGUAUCUAAAGAUUUUGGUGCCAUUUUUGCAGAUUUAUUACCAGGAUCAUUUGCUAAAUUAGUUCCUAUAGAUAUGAUGGAUGUAACUAAAGGUCUUGAAGUUAAAGUUAAAUUAGGUCAAGUUUGGAAAGAAAGUUUAGUAGAAUUAUCAGGUGGUCAAAGAUCUUUAAUUGCUCUUUCAUUAAUUAUGGCAUUAUUACAAUUUAAACCAGCACCAAUGUAUAUAUUAGAUGAAGUUGAUGCAGCAUUAGAUCUUUCUCAUACUCAAAAUAUUGGUCAUUUGAUUAAAACAAGAUUUAAAGGAUCACAAUUUAUUGUUGUUUCAUUAAAAGAAGGAAUGUUUACUAAUGCUAAUCGAGUAUUUAGAACUAGAUUUCAAGAUGGUACAUCUAUAGUAUCUGUUAUGUAA